AUGCGCCAGUACGAAUAUUCCCCACGUCCAGCAGGGUCCAGUACUAUUCGCGUGCUUCUCCUACUGCCCAAUACAGACGACACCGCUUCAAUCAGCUGCCAGCUUAUCAACUACUCUCUACCAACAACAGGCAAUAGUUAUCUCCCAUAUGAGGCGCUGUCUUAUGUGUGGGGUAGUGAGAGCACGUCUCGAUGUAUCUUUCUAGAUGGCUCAACUCUAUCUAUUACGGACAACCUCUACGCGGCACUGUUGCAUCUUCGAGAUCGUCAGUUUCCUCGCAUAUUAUGGGUAGAUGCUGUAAGUAUAAACCAGCAGGAUGACCUGGAAAAAGGUCAUCAGAUUCAGCUAAUGCCAACCAUAUACAGUCGAGCCAGCCAUGUGAUAGUUUGGCUUGGAAGAGCUGCAGAUCACAGCAAUCGAGCACUUGUUAAUAUCCGUCUCGCUGCAGAGUAUGAGUCUUCAGGAGAUGAACCUACAACCCCGCGGCGAAAGGAGACAAAUUGUACUGCCAUUUUAACGCUGCUACAACGACCGUGGUUUCGACGAAUCUGGCGGAGGUACUACCGUUCUGUGAUCCGUCGGACGACAUUAUUUCACCCCUCCUAA